AUGUGCUCGGAAACAAGUCCACGGUUAUCAUUUUCGCAUGAUCUAGGCCAAGCUGAUAAUCUACCAAUCAAACUCAAUGAAUCGCGAAGGAAUACAAUGCUUUUGGAGUCGUGUUCUGACUUCGAGUUUAACAUUUGUAGCAGCAGCUUUGAGCAAGAAUAUUCUUCAGCAGAUGAGUUAUUUGCAAACGGAAUGAUACUUCCAGUCCGGUUUCAAGAGAAAAAAGUAGUCCAUAAAUGCCAACUCCCAGCUGUUGUUUCGCUUCCUCCAUGUCCUAAAUUAUCUACAGCUGAGGAUUCAAAAAAAGAGAGCAUCAGGCAGAUCAUGCUUGUGAAUUCUGAUUUGGAAGAAAAGCCAAAGUCCAAGUCUUUUUGGGGUUUCAAGAGAAGUAGCAGUCUCAACUGUGAUAUAAAAAAGAGCAUAAUUUGCUCCUUACCACUUCUUUCGCGAAGCAAUUCAACUGGUUCCGUUCCAAAUCCAAAACGUUCAUCGAUGAAGGAUAGUAACAAGCAUAGUUCACAAAAGCUUUUGUCCAUUUCAAUGACAAAGUCAUCAUCAUCAUCAUCAUCAUCAUCAUGCUGUUCUAAUUGUAAUGCUUAUCAGUUUCAUCAGAGGCCUCCUUUGAAGAAAAACCAUGGCAAGUCUUAUGGCAAUGGUUUUCGAAUUAGUCCUGUCUUGAACGUACCACCUCAUUACAUCUCUAAAGGAACAGCAAACCUCUUCGGUUUAGGUUCUUUCUUACGCACCGGGAAAGAUAAGAAAAGCAGGAAAUAA